AAAACAAAAUGAUAAUAAACUUCGGUGUUUAACAAACACGUAAAAUUUUACAUAUUUCGCUGGGUUGAAACUAUUUUGAACUUUGAAUGAUGGUAGAUCGAGUGUAGAUGCAGUUUGGUGUAUUUUAUACGUUUAAAAACGCAGAAUUUUAAAAUGAAUUGGCUUGAUUCUAGUUCAUUUAGCGGGCUGCUAAGUCAGGCACAAAAAUCCAUUGAUAAAGUGUUGGAUAUACCAGGUGAAGAUGAUGGCAAAAGUAAGAAAGGAGAUCAGAGUUUGGACACGGGUGUUUCACAAUCAUCCAAGGAGCAAAAAAAUAAAUCUUCUGAACCGAAAUCAUCAGGUAGUUGGCUUUCAGGGGCAGAUUCAUUUUGGGGGUCCUUAACUCAGAAUGUCACUAGCAGCGAGGGAAAAGGUGGAAAAGAUAAUGACCCUAACAGUAUUAAUGAAGUUGAAACAAAAAACAAAUCUACUUCUGAAAAGGUGAACGAUUCUCCACAAAAGGAGUCGAAAUUGUCCGGUUCAAAAUCAAUGAAUUUAAAAAGAAAUGGUAAGAAAAGAGCUUCGAGAAAGAAAGGGGAAACAUCAGAAAACCAACUUAAGGCAGGUCCAGCUGUUGAAAGAAUGCCUGAAAUUGAUGCAGAAGCUAAGAUUGAAGCUUUGAAUGGUUUAAAAGGUAAUAAUCAUCAUCAGGAGAGUGAUGUUGACCUUACGGAAGCAAAAGUUGACUGUAUUAGUGAAAUUAGUGUGGAUAAGAAAGUCAUUGAGAGUUCAGAUGGUGAUGUUUUAAUGAGUAAAGCUGAUGAUGUAAGUGAUAGCAAUGAAAUGACAGACAGUCAGAGUGUUAAAAUCAGGGAGGAUAGAACAAGAGAUUCAGAAAUGGUGUUUAAAAAGAGUGAAGAUAUUUCAAUGAAAGAAGGUGAAUUUGGAAAAGAUGAAGAUUUUGGGGGGAAAGAUGAAGCAGUAGACCAAGUUGAAAUAACAGACAAGAUUGAACAAACAAAACAAGAUGAAACACGGUUUAAGAAAGUUCAAUUGGAGAAUGAUGAGAAAGGCAAAGAAGAUGAAGGAUUUGAUGACUCUAUUCUACAAAGCAACGAUGUGGGAAACUUACAAACGUUUGAGGCUUAUGAUAGAGGUGAUUUGGGGGUAAAUGAGAUAGCAAAUUAUGGCGAAGAAUUCACAAAGGAACAAGAGAUAAUUGUUACGGAAAGUUCUCAACAGUUUGAGAUGUUCUCAGAGCCAGUUGCUGCAUCAACCCCACAGAAGAAAGAGCGUCCUUCGUCUCCUGAUGAAAAGCUACCUUGUGUUAAUACUGAGAGUAACAAGGGGUUAACGAAUAUUGAUGAUUUGAUGAAGAAAGAUGAACUUCCAGAAAAGAUUCUUGAUGUUCAAAGGGAGGAGGAAAGCAAGACUGGUCAAGAUUUGGAGGUUGAUAGUGAAAGGACAAAAGUGAAGGAAGGUGAAGAAUUGCUGGACUCAAAUAAACAAAUUGGAGAAUUAACUUCUACGCAGGAGCAUGACAGACUCCUUCAAAUUAUUGAAGUCAGAGAAUCAAAACUGGUUGAACUCAGCAAGGAAAACCUUCACCUCCAAGAAACAAACACCAUCUUGAGAAGUCAAAUUGAACAACUUGAUGAGGUGCAUAAGGCUGAAGAUGCUGAAAUGGAAGAAAUGAAAACAGAAUUUACGAAACGAAUUGGAGAAUCAGAGGCCAAACUGCAAGCUGCAGCCAAGGAGAGAGACCUGUUCAAGAAACAACUUGAAGAGACCCAGAAAUGCUUGAGCUCAGAUAUUGAAAGACAACUAAAGGAAUUCCAAGAAUUACUGCAACAAAAAGAUGUUCAGAUCACUCAACUAAUGGAGGAAGGUGAAAAACUAUCAAAACAAAUCCUUCAGCGCAACAACAAUAUAAAGAAACUUCGAGCCAAGGAGAAAGAGUUGAAUACUUCAAAUGAAAACCUGAGCUCGAGGUUUGAAGAAGCAGAGAGCGAGAUUGAGAGGUUAAAAGGGAUUUUGAAAGAACGAGAUGAACACAAGAAAGAACAAGAUGAUGCGAUCAAAAAGCUCAAUGCUUACACGAAAAAACAGGAGGAGGUUAUAGGCAAGCAAAAGGUGGAACUAGAGGAGUCCGCAGCAAAGUUACCAAGCCUACAGACAGCAUUGGACAACGCUUACAAGGAAAUAACCGAGCUUCACAUUGUCAACGCGGCAAAGUCCAGCGAAGUUCAGGAAGCAGCACUUAGUGUUGAAAUGACAGCCAAAGAAGAGUUGAGGAUUGCAUUGGAAAAAUUAAAGAAGGAAUCACAAAGAGAAUGCGAUGCUUUAGCUAUGGAGGUGACAGAUUUGCAAACACAAUUACAUCGGAACGAACAACAGGCCGCGAGGAGAGAGGACAAUUUGAGGCAGGAGAUUGCAGAUAUACAAAUGAGGCUCCAAGAGGCAGAAACGCGGAACCAGGAAUUGACGCAGAGUGUUUCCAUCGCUACGAGACCUCUGCUACGACAGAUUGAGAAUCUUCAACAUUCCUAUGGAAGUCAACAAAUAUCUUGGGAGAAAUUGGAGAAGAACCUCACGGAGAGACUUGCCGAUGUUCAAAGUCAACUUGCAACAGCCCAGGAGAAGGAGCGCGCAUCGACGGAGAGAUCGAUUGAGCUGAGCUCCAAGGUCGCAUCUCUCGAGUCACAAGUUGGUAACUACAGGCAGGAGAAAUCUCGAAUCGAGGCUGAAUUUGAGCUGGAGAAAGGAAAAAUAGAAGCACUGGAAGAUUUUAAAAGUAGGGAAUCUGGGAAAGUCGAGGCGAUAAAGAACUUGCAUUCAAAACAACUGGAAACAAUGAUGGUUGAGAAGAGUCUGUUGGAACAACAGCUUGCGGUGGAGAGGACGAAAUACGAAUCAGAACAAAAGAAAAUGACAAAACUUGAAGAACAGUUGAGAGAAAGAUCACAGAAGAACGACGAUAAUGGAAGUCCUGAGAACGAGGAUCCAGGCCAAAAGACGACCUUAGAACGACGUCGAAGUCGCAAUUCUAGCUCGUCCUCAGUCUUCUCUCUGUCCGACACAAUGACCAGGAACCUGCCAUCCGGUGGGACAGCGGUAUUGGAAGAAUUGCGGGCGACGAUACGACACAAAGAAGGGGAACUGGUAUCGAUGCAGUCUGCCAUCUCAACAUUGGAAUCUAGUCGUGAAUCUCUGACUGAGGAACUAACCACCCUAAUGAACAGCAAUGAGAAUCUUUCUAAAGAAAACCAGCAACUUCGAAAUAUUGGAAAGUCUUUUCAGGAGCUGCAGACCAAGUACAAUGCAUUGCUUCAGAUGUAUGGAGAAAAACAGGAGGAAACUGAUGAAUUGAAGUUAGAUUUGCAAGAUAUCAAGAACAUGUACAAAGCACAGAUUCAAGAACUUCUCAGUGGAAGAUGACAUUUAGAUUGGAACCAAUGAAUUUUAAAGAGUGCAUAGACAAAUGUAAAGAAAGAUAUAAUAUGACUUUGCAGAAGAAUGGAUAUAAUCCAACAAAGAUUUUUAUACACUUUCCAACUGUUUUUAACACCAUCAUUCUGCAUUUACUCUAAGGUCAUUGAAAAUAUAUAUAGUCUAGUUAGUUCUAACAUAUGAAUUGCUGGGGUUUUUUACCCCCAAUGGGUAGCAAAGGGUUGUAGCAUCCCCAACACAGCAGUACCACCUAGUACUCUUGCCAAACUGGUUUUUCC